AUGGCGCGCACCAAGGAAGAUGCUGUCGCGUCCAAGGGCGAUGCGUCGCCCAAGAUUCCCAAGUCCUCAGCUGGCGUGACCAAGAAUACCGCUGAAACUCCCGUCAAGCGCGGACGCGGAAGACCACCCAAGGGCUCUGCGCCCAUGCCUAAGAAGGUCUACGUUCCUACCGGACGUCCUCGCGGCCGUCCUCCAGGUGGCGGCAAGAAGAAACCUGCCCCUGCGCCCAAGAAGGUUGCGGCUGUAAACGAUGACGGUACACCCAAGAGAGGACGUGGGCGACCUCGUCGAGAAGCUGCUGUUGAUGGUGGGGAGUCCGCUGCUACAACACCGAAGGAGACCAAGAAGCGUGGCAGAAAGCCCAAGACUGUCAGCUCAGACGCUGAGGCCUCGGCCGACGAGGAUAAGGACUCUGAUGCUGCCGACGACGCCAGUGAUAAGGAAGCUCCCGCAGCCGAUUCUCUCGAUAAGGACGAGGAUGAGGACGAUGAAGAGUAA